UUUGGGACCACACAUGUCAUCCGGUCAUGUUGUUCAGCUUUAGGAAAUCGACAUUCUAUUCAUUUUCAUUUGCUUCUCUGUAACUAUCGUUAUUUUCUCUGUUUAUACCGUCUUUAUAGCUCGAGUGCUCAGCGCUCGCUGUGACGCUCGCUGCGCUGCACCCCACGACCAUGGAACUGAAUAUUCGGGCUGCUGGAGAAAGCUCAGCAGACAAGUUUCUGGACUUGAUAGCCGAUCCGUUCCAGACUGAGGUACGAUAUAGCUCUUGCCAGAGCAUUUGGAGGCAUGAGGUCCAAGAAAAGUCCAUCUACGCAGCUAUCGUGUAUUCUUUUGUUGUUAGCGGCCUAUUGGUUCUCGUCUUCUGCUUCCUCCGACCGCGAAACAAUGGAGUCUAUGCUCCGCGAGCGACACAUGCCGACGACAAGCACAAACCCAUGGCGCUGGGUCGGAAACCAUUAAGUUGGGUGCCGGCCAUCAAGGAGGUCAAAGAGCAAGAUCUCGUGGAAAAAAUUGGGCUUGAUGCAGUUCUCUUCCUGAGGUUCAUGCGGAUGCUGAGAAACAUCUUUUUGGUGUUGACUGUGUUUGGCUGUGGCAUUCUUAUUCCAGUCAAUGUUGUGGGUGGGUCGUCGUUUUACGACCAGUGGGACAAUAUUGCAACGUUGAUGAAGUUCACACCGCAGUAUAUCUUCGGCACAAAAUUUUGGGCCUAUGUUUUGAUGUCCUACGUAUUCCAAGGGACCGUCUGCUUUUUCUUGUGGUGGAACUACAGGGCGGUGCUGAAAUUGAGACGGGCGUACUACAACAGUCAAGAAUACGCCAUGAGUUUGCAUUCGAGAACGCUGCUGCUCACUCAUAUUCCCAAAUCAUCGCGAACUGAUGUCGGCAUCACCGAGCUCGUGGAGCGAGCGAAACAAACAGACGACACUCCAAGAACAGUAAUUGGCCGCAACAUGAAAGAACUGCCCGAGCUGAUUGAGCACCACGACGAAGCGGUUCGCAAACUAGAAGGGAUAUUGGCUAGAUAUCUUUCCAACCCUGAGCGUCUUCCAAGCAAACGACCUGUAUGCAAAGUUGCAAAAGAAGACGAGUCAGUUCAUGGGAAGAAAAAGGUCGAUGCUAUCGAUUAUCUCACAGACCGAAUCACACGGCUUGAGACAACGAUCAAGGAAGUACGGGAAAGCGUCGACAUGAGGAAUCCUAUGUCCUACGGCUUUGCCUCGUACGCUCACAUCGAGGACGCCCACGCGGUUGCGUACGCUUCUAGAAAGAAGGGGCCCGGAGGCUGUGACGUCUACCUCGCACCAAAGCCCCACGAUCUCCUGUGGCAAAACCUUUCUAUGAGCCGAAGGAAAAGACGCAUACGAGCAUUUCUGGAUGGUCUUUGGGUUUUGCUCUUCACAAUCGCUUUCAUCAUACCCAACAUGUUAACGUCAAUGUUCUUGUCCAAUUUCGGGAAUCUUGGCCUGGUCUGGCCUGCUUUCCAAAGGGAACUCCUUGCACAUCCAACUAGAUGGGCUAUCGCGCAAGGUAUUCUAGCUCCCUUGGUUCAGGUGCUCAUGUAUAUGGGAGUUCCUAUAGUUUUCCGCCGCCUUUUCACACAUUCGGGAGACGUGUCCAAGACGGCUCGGGAAAGGCAUGUCACAGCACGCCUCUAUGCUUUCUUCGUCUUCAAUAACCUGUUUGUCUUCUCGAUGUUCGGGUCCGUCUGGCGCUUUGUGGCUGGCGUGAUCGCGGCUCAGCAUAAUGGGGUGUGGGAGGCUAUACAAAACGCCCAUCUUUUCUCCAAUCUCAUGGUUGGUUUAUGUAACGUUUCGACUUUCUGGCUUACCUGGCAAAUGCAAAGAAACCUCGGUGCCGCCAUCGAUCUCUCUCAAGCCUGGAUCUUGAUUUGGACGUGGAUACAGAAGACCUUCUACUCUCCUACACCCCGCGAACUGAUCGAACUCAGUGCACCCCAGCCUUUCCCAUACGCGGACUACUUCAACAACUAUCUCUUCGUCUCCACAGUUGGGCUUUGCAUGGGCGCCUUGCAACCUAUCAUCCUUCCUAUCACUGCCUUCUAUCUUGGCAUGGACUGCGUUUUCAAGAAAUAUCUCCUCCAGUAUGUCUUCAUUACAAAGACGGAGUCUGGAGGUCGUUUCUGGCAGCUUCUGGUUAACCGCCUGCUGUUUGCGGUCAUGUUGGCCAACGCUGUGAUAGCACUGUCCGUUGGCGCGCAAGGCCUUGGCCCAAUCUCGAACUUAACCUUCGUGCGUGGAGAAAUGCUGUACGCAAUGGUACCGCUACCAUUUCUCCUCUUUGGUUUCAAGUGGUAUUGCAAGCGCACUUUCGACGACAAGAUGUCGUACUACUCCACACUCCCAUACUCGGACAUUGAGGGUUCGCACCACGCAGACCAUCCCAAGUCGCGGAAGAACGAUAGAGUCUCUGUCCGUUUCGGAAACCCAGCAAUCUACAAGAAAUUAAUCACUCCCAUGGUGCACGCAAAAUCGCAACACCUUCUAAAAGAAAUUUACAGCCAUCGCUCAAACACAGAGCAGGACAUCUUCACAGCUCGCGAUACAGACCGUGCGAGGCCUGCGACACUCAACUACGGCGACAUGUACAUGACAGAGCUGCAGCCAACACAGACAGGCAAACCGGUAUCCAAUGAGCAGAAUGUGCCUGGAAUUGAGAUUGUUGCAGAGCAGGACCUAGACUUCGCAAACUUCAAGAAACGCGCCGAGUUCAGGGAUCAGUUUGGCGGUGAUGGCGAGCUCUACGGUCGGCCCGAUGAUCUGAUUUCGCGCCCCGGCACACCUUCCACAUUCAAGACGUUCAUGGAGUCUGGACCGUAUGCAAAGAGCAAGAACAGGGACUCUUGGGCUUCGCACGCCUCGAGUAGUACACGGCUAGGAGAGGAGGAUCACGAAGUAGGAACAUCGUAUGCUCAAGGGUACCGGCGGGCAGACGGAUUUCAGGACGUGGGUGAUACCAGUGCUCCUGCGACGCCAUCGGGUAUGGAGGGCACUUUGAGAGCAAUGGAUAGUAGGCAACCGCUUGUCAGGCAGUUUACCGACGACGCAGGAGAUGUAGGGUAUUUUGAUAGGGGUUUGAGAGCACAGGAUACAAGCUACGAUAGAUAUAGACGAUGAUAGUUGGUUAGACGAUGGACCACAAAGUCAAACUGCUGCGGCCUA